GCUUAAAAUGACAGCUGACAUAUUAAAUUGCUUCUGCUGGUUGGCUUGUUUAAAUUAUUUUUGUUUAUUAUUGUAAUUUCGUAAAUAAGAAAGUUAUUUGGUCUACAUUUUCAGAUAAUUAUGUUCAGUGAAUUGGAAUCUAGAAAUUCGUCACCAGUGAUUUCCGACUCUUUUUUAAAUAAUGCUGUUGAUAAUAGAUCUUGCUCGAAGCCUACAGCUAAGUUGUGUUUUGUGAAGUAGUUGUGCAUGGUACUUGGUACUUGAUGACAGAUGGGCAUUCCGACGAAUAAUUCUGGAACUAUGACCAACAAUUCUCAGCUCUGGUUCAAAGGAGUGAGAAGUUCAAAGUUUCGCCAUGUAUACGGCGAACCCGCCAAACGCGAAAAAUGUUACGACAACAUUCCGAUCACCAAAAAUGCGCACGAUUCACAAUUUUGCGCUGUCAAUCCAAAAUUUCUCGCUGUGGUCACUGAAGUUGCUGGAGGAGGAGCUUUCACUGUUAUCCCCAUAAAUUGCACUGGUAGAUUAGAUUUCAACGCCAGCAGAGUUACAGGCCAUGCUGGACCAAUUUUGGAUAUCAAAUGGAAUCCUUUUAACGAUAAUGUCAUCGCGUCUUGCUCCGACGAUUGCACCAUCAAACUGUGGCAUAUUCCUGAUGAAGGACUAUCAGUUCACCUCACUGAUUGGUUAGUAGAACUACAAGGGCACAAAAGGCGUGUUGGUUAUAUAGAAUGGCACCCCACCGCUGAAAAUGUUUUGUUCAGUGCCGGGUUUGAUCAUCUGGUAAUUGUAUGGGAUAUAGAAAAGGGAGAAGCUAUCAACAUCAUAGAUUGUCACAGAGAUGCCAUACAUUCCAUGUCAUUGAACAGAGACGGUAGUUUAUUGGCUACCACGUGCAAGGACAAAAAAUUGAGGAUUAUAGAGCCCAGGACUGGCAGAGUUCAAGCGGAAGGAAUGUGCCAUUCAGGAUCGAAAGCAAGCAAGGUCGUGUACUUAGGAUCAACGGGUCGCCUUUUAACCACUGGUUUUUCUCGGCAUUCCGAUAGGCAGUACUCUGUUUGGAACGAAUCUGAUCUCUCUCGACCAUUAUUUACCGAUAGCAUAGAUAGUUCUUCGGGUGUUGUCUUUCCAUUUUUCGAUCCUGAUACCAAUAUGGUUUAUUUAGCUGGCAAAGGAGAUGGCAAUAUUAGGUAUUACGAAGUUACAGACGAGGCUCCUUAUGUCCACUUUUUAAAUCAAUUUUUGUCUGGAAAUCCUCAACGAGGUUUGGGUUUUAUGCCAAAGAGGGGUCUUAGGAUAGCGCAGUGUGAAGUAUUCCGAUUUUACAAACUCCACGCUACCAAAGGAAUGUGCGAACCUAUUGGUAUGAUAGUACCAAGAAAAAGUGAUCAAUUCCAUGAUGAUUUGUACCCUGACACUGCCGGUUCCAAGCCUGCUUUGUCAGCUCAUGAAUGGAUUAGAGGCAAAAACGCUAUGCCUUUGCUAAUCUCCAUGCAAACUGGUGAACAAAACGAAUUAAACAUAACUUCGAUUAAACAAAAACAACGCAACCUAACAACCAAACCAAUUAUUGAACCGCAGAAAACGGACAACAACAGAAGAAAAUUCGCUUUUCUUUCAAAGGAAACCAUACCCGACUACAGACCCAAAGAUCUCAUAAUGCUAGAAAAAAGUCGAAAAACUUCAAACAAUGAAACAUUCCAAAAAUUACAACAGAAGUUUAAUCAGAUCGAAAUCAACAAUCAUCAAGAUGUUCGUUUGAUUAAAGAGGUUAAUAGUAUUGGAGAUACUAUUCUUACUGAAAAUGAUUUAAGAAGAGCAUACCAGUUACAAAGUGAAGAAAUAAGAAAACUAAAGAAACAAUUGAUAAAUAGUGAACAACGAGUUACAGAGCUUGAAGACCAAAUUAGGAGGUUACUUAAUAAAAAGUAAUAUUUUCCAUUGAAUUAUUUUAUCCUAUUUUUAUUUAGUGUUCUAUUUUGUUGUAUUUUUAUACAUAUGUUUUUAUGUAGUUUACGUUUAAUUUAAAUUAAUUAGUUAUUUAAGUGUUUGCCAAGUUACCAUGAAAGUAUCUUUUUCAUAGUAUUUUUUUUAAUAUUAAGUUUACAACUUGAUGUGAUUAUUUAAACUUUACAAAAAAAUUAGGUUAAGUUUUUUUUUAGAGGAACAGGGUGUUCUGGAAUAUAUUCUCUAAGUUACGCAUAUUGCUGUAGAAUGACAAAAAAUUAAACACAUUGGUCGAUUUACCAAUCAGUAAUUGCCAAUUUUAUCAGAUUUUAAUUUUCUUAUUAAAUUUUAUUUAAAAACCAUUAAUCUUAGCGAAAAUAUUCUGUGAUACUCUAUAAUUUUUUACAAUAUUUUUUUAUUGAAAAUAUAUUUAUUUCACAUCUUAACAAAACUUAUGGCGUUUGAAUACAAGAAUCGCUGUUCUAUAACGCGACACAAAGAUUUGUUAUUAUACAGGUUCGAAAAAGAAACCUUGUAGAUAAUGAAUACAAUGAGUGCAAAAAAGAACGCAUUAGAAAAAACAAGGGAAAAACAAGGACGGGAAAGACAUUGGAAGAUCUCAGUGCUUAGCAUAUCACGUUUUUACGAUUCAAAUCAAGAAAAUCAUUAGUUAAGCCAUAACCACAACGUUUGUGAAAAUACACCCAUUAAUGCUUAACAGCAUUGUGAUUUUGACCCGAAGCCUUCAAGUUUACAUUAAAUUUAUUCGGAUCAGUGGCUUAAUUCAAAUUUCAUAUCCAUAUAAAACCCGCAUAAAAUCAGAUCCAUAUAAAAUCAAUCCUGCAUAAAAUCACUAGCACAUAAAAUUAGUUUUAUGUGAUAAUAACGGUGAAUAUAUUAAUCUAUUAUUUCAUAUGGUUACUGAACUCUCCCCUUUUUUUACACAAAAUUAUUUUUCUAAAUCGCACAAUGUUGGACUACACUCGUUCUUUUUUAUCUAUUGCGUCCAUAGAUGUUGAAAAGUUUAUUUUCCGAAUUUGUCUAGUGUCUACUAAGUAAUGAUCAUCAAACACAAAUCGAUUUUCUGUUCAAUAGAAGUGCUUCUAAUAUGCCAAAUUGUCCAAUCGGAUGUAAUUUCUUAGACAUUUGGCAAUCAAAUGAGGUAUGGACACAAGAUCUAAGCUAAACAUUCUUUUCAUUUAAAUUUUUUAAAUGAUCUUUUUAUUAAUAAUAAAUCUUUGCAAGGCAUACAUUUUUGCCAAAUCAUCAUCUACUUAGCUAAUAGCUUAAUAGAACUGCUAAAAGUAAAAGGCUUACAAUUAAAUAAUACUUAAAACACUGGUUUGUCAAUUCUAUUUAUUAAUUUUUAGUCAUUUUGAGAUUUUUAUGUAAUUUUUAUGACAUAUUUUUACGCUUGGAGUAAUAUAAACUUCAUGUCGUUUCUUUAAAUUGACAAGGUAUAAUAAAAAUAUCAAAAAGAUUUUUUUAUCUUGUAAUUUAUUUUCUUUAAAGGUUUUUUAAUCAUAGUUCAAUGCAUUCAAAAUACAAUAAUCUUGCUAACGCAAUAGUGAAAUAAUUUUUGCAAUUUUUAAAAUGGAGCAGAAUACAAACUUAUUAAUAUGAGAGGUAGCUUACAUAAUUGCAUAGAAAAUUAUUCCAAUAUUAUAGGGCACAAAGCAGUAUUAUGUAGCUUUAAAGUUAUGUAUGUGUAAAGUGAAAAUAAAAAUUAUAAUAUUGAUUCUGAUGGAUGAAAAUGUAAUUCAUAAAAAAUGUUUCUAAAGAUAACAGUGGCCAACAAAGACAAAGAUAGAAGUCAUGUUCGUUAUAACUACGCACGGCUCUGAACUUAAAUAUAAGAAUUGUACGCUCUGACAUGCGUGAAUUUUUCCUAUGCUUACUAUAGAAACAUUUUUUGUGGAUCACUCCAUAGUUUGUGCAACAGUGGAUACGGUUGCCAUAUCUCACGACGACGCGAUGUUGGCGGAGUGUUAAAUCGUCGAACGCGAUCCGGACAUUCGGCUCGAGUUGUGCAGUAUAUUUUUUCUACACCCCAAAAAAAGUUAUUAACAUUAAUAUAUUAAAAAUAAUAAAAAUAUUUAAAUUUAUGACUAAUUUGUAAAAUUUUAUCUUCCGGGUUUGAACCUUUCACUUGGUAAUUAACUACGUAAACCAGUUCACUGUCUACUUUUAUUUAAUGUUAAUUUGUUUGGUUUUAGAUAAUUUUAUUAAAAUUAUUUUUAUUUGCAGAUAUAAGUGAAUAAGGUAUCGAUUCUUCACUGAAAUCAAUCAUAUUUAUUUUACCUUAAUAACUAAAAAAAUAUACUAACAAUUAGUUUGACAGAAUUCUCACUAAAUUAAAAUAAAAAAAAAAAGAAUAGUUAGCGGGGUACUAAAUAAACAUGAACUGUGAUUUGUGAAUUUCGUAUACAUACUAGAAAGGAUUUGAAAAUAUAUCCUUUUACUAGACUGGCCUAUGUAUUCAAUUAUGUACACACAUCGCCAAAAUUCUUGGACCCCCAUAUGUUUGUCAAAAUGAGACACUAUUAUUAAAAGUCAAGAGGUGUGUUACAUAGUACAUUUAUUUUGGUUAUGUAUCCAAUAAAAAUUGGCAGAAUUAAAUUUUAACUGAACAAGAAAAAAUACAAAUGAAAAAUAGUGCAUAAUAAAACUAUUACUAGAAUUUGAAAUCUAGAAGAAAACUACUUUAGAGCGAAAUCAAAAAUAUAUUAAUAUUCGGUGUGUUUUCUCCUGUUUUGUAGUAAGGUAUUAACUCGCCUGUUCAUGGAAGCAAUAAGGGUGUUAUUGUAAUCCAUUGAGAUGUUGCUCCAUUCUUCUUGGGCCGCGACUGUGAGUUCCUGGAGGAUUAAUUCUGUUUGAGAUUGCUCGUCCAACGAAAUUCCACAUGUGCUCAAUGGGAUUCAUAUCUGGCGAAUUUGCUGGCCACGGUUAUCUUUGAAUAUUCUGAAUUUCUAGUGCAUUUUGUACCCUUCUCGUGCAAUGGGGCCUAGCAUUGUCAUCCAUGAAAAUAAAAUUAGCUCCAAUUUCAUUUCGGAGAGGAUAAAUAAUGGGUUCAAUAAUGUUUCGACCAUAUCUAUCGGCUGUCAUAGUGUCUGGAAUGGGAAUAAGCUGCGUACGACGACCAUGCAUUAUGCCACCCCAAAACCUCACUGUUCCUCGUUGGUAUGGAACAACUUCUCUGGCAAAAGAUAGUCUUUCUGGUCGCCCUGGCCCUCUCCAAACUCUGUAUCGCUGACUAUCACUAAUUAAACCAAAUCUGGUUUCGUCCGAAAAAAGAACAUUUCGUCACUGAGCUAAAAGCCAGUCUCUGUGUUCCUGUGCCUACUGUAGACGAGCAGCUAUAUGUCUGGGAAGUAACCUGGGUACUCUUAAUGGUCUCCUAGAUCGUAAAUUGGCUUUAGCAAGUCUCCGCCGUAUUGUGGUACUGAAAUGAAUCGAUCAUACGUUCUUCUAAAAUGAGUUCGGACAGCUGAGACUGUUACGGUUCAAUUCCGACGUACAUAACCUGCUACAUACCGAUCUUCUCUUGGAUUAGUUACCCUAGGAUGCCCAGUCAACGCUGUUAGUUUCCUGGUACAAACAUGCACUAUUCGGAUAACUGAAGCACGGGGAAUCCCUAGCCUAUCUGCGAUUCGAUGAUUCGGCAGACCCUCAUCAUGCAAAGCCACUAUUCUUGCUCUAUUGAACACUGAAAUUCUAUUGCCAGGCAUAGUUGCAAAGAAAAACAACAAUCACUUAAACACGCAAAAUCGAUAUGAACCACUUUUUAAACAUUGAUACCUAAAAUUGUGGGAAAUUGUUUUUAUAAACAUUUUUAGAUGCGUAUCAACGAUGAAAUAAAUAAAGAUUAAAUGUACAAAAAAGCAGCCAUGAUAAAUAUUUCGUUUUAAUAUUUACGAGGGGGUCCAAGAAUUUUGGCGAUGUGUGUAGUUUAGAUAGUAUAAUGUGGGUGUAGAAAAAAAUAUGUAAAGAUAAUUUUAGUGUGUUAAUUUUGUUAAAUCGAAAUUUUUCGUAAUUAAUUAAAAGCUGUGUUAUUUAGCACAAUUAUUUACAUACGGAUCUGAUACAGUCUAUUAUUGUUUUGAAUUUUGUCAAAUAUAAUUUUCUGUAAUCAAUCCAUCAGAAUCCAUUCUUUUGAUGUUAAUUAAUUUUGUAAUUGUGAAGAAUGGAUGUCAAACAUAUUUUUGCAUUAUUAAUAACUACUACCAUGUAGAUUCGGUUUUUGUCAGGAUAAAUUUUAUUUUUGACAGAAAUAUGAAAUAAAGCCUGUAG